GCCCUGUCUCGCCGCGUGUGCUUCAGACGGAGAGGGAGCGUGGAGAGCGGGGAACGUGGACGCGUCCUGCGCAGAGAGACCAAGUUAAAAGUUCGCGAAAAGAUAACCGAGCCGCUGCCAAGAUGCUCGUGUUAUUCGAAACAGCCGCUGGCUACGCGAUCUUCAAGGUCCUCGAUGAAUCCAAACUGCAGGAGAUCGACAACCUGCACAAGGAGUUUGAUACUCCUGAAAAGGCGAAUAAAAUUGUGAAGCUGAAGCACUUUGAGAAGUUUCAGGACACAACCGAGGCCUUGGCAGCUGUCACUGCCCUUGUUGAGGGAAAAAUGGGCAAGAGUUUGAAGAAAGUGCUGAAGAAGGUCGUGGCCAAGGACGCGCACGAGCAGCUGGCGAUCAGCGAUGCAAAACUUGGUGGAGUUAUAAAAGACAAGAUGGACCUGAGCUGUGUCCACAACCCUGCUGUGGCCGAGCUGAUGAGAUGCAUCAGGAGCCAGAUCGAGGCUCUCGUCACUGGACUUCCUCCCAGGGAGAUCAGUGCCAUGUCUCUGGGGUUGGCUCACAGUUUAUCACGCUACAAGCUGAAGUUCAGUCCGGACAAAGUGGAUACUAUGAUUGUUCAGGCCAUUUCUCUUCUGGAUGACCUGGAUAAAGAGCUCAACAACUACAUCAUGCGUUGUAGAGAGUGGUACGGCUGGCACUUCCCCGAGCUGGGAAAGGUCAUCACAGACAACUUGGUUUACUGCAAAGCUGUCCGCAAAAUUGGUGAUCGUACCAACGUGGCCGGUUCUGACCUGUCAGACCUUCUCCCUGAGGAAAUCGAGGCCGAGGUGAAACUGGCUGCUGAGAUCUCCAUGGGAACAGAAGUGUCAGAACAAGACAUCGGCAACAUUAGGCACCUUUGUGAUCAGGUGAUAGACAUUUCAGAUUAUCGCACUCAGCUGUACGACUACCUCAAGAACCGAAUGACGGCGAUCGCCCCCAACUUGACUGUAAUGGUGGGUGAGCUGGUUGGUGCCCGUCUCAUCUCACAUGCUGGUUCCCUCCUGAAUUUGGCAAAGCAUCCGGCCUCCACGGUGCAGAUCCUCGGAGCAGAGAAGGCUCUGUUUAGAGCCCUGAAGACCCGCAAAGACACACCCAAGUACGGUCUCAUUUACCAUGCCUCUCUAGUGGGCCAGACCACUGCCAAGAACAAGGGCAAGAUCUCCAGAAUGCUGGCGGCUAAAGCAUCACUGGCUAUUCGUUAUGAUGCCCUGGGAGAGGACACGAACGCAGAAAUGGGAAUAGAGAACCGUGCCAAGCUGGAGGCCAGACUGCGGCAGCUGGAGGAUAAGGGAAUCCGAAGAAUCAGCGGAACGGGCAAAGCGAUGGCACAGGCCGACAAAUACCAGCACAAGAGUGAAGUAAGAAUUUAUGAUCCAUCUGGCGAUUCUACUAUUCCCUCCACCUCAAAGAAGAGGAAGUUUGAGGAGGUAGAGGAGGAGGAGGCUGAAGAGCCUAAAACGCCUGCGGCCAAAUCCAAAAAGGCCAAAAAGGAGCCAGUAGCAGAAGAAGAAGAAGCAGAAACGUCGGCAGCAGCGGAGGAGACUCCCAAGAAAAAGAAGAAAAAGAAGGACAAGAAAGCAGAAACGGCCGUAGAGGAACCAGAGGAGGAGGUAGCAAUACCAGAGUCGACAGAAAAGAAGAAAAAGAAGAAGAAAAAGAAGGCUGAGGAGGAAGACGAUGACUGAAAACAACAAUUAAGUCCAUGUCUGUGUAUAUAUAUUCUGUUAGUUUUUAUGCCAUUUUAGUUGUGUAAUUCAUUUAUAUCAUUUUGAAUCGAUUUUGUUUCUUAACAUCAGAAAGACUAUAUAAGAUAAUUGGGUCAACUUUUUAUAACUGAGUGAAACGUGGAGUAAAUCCCAGUGUCCAGUCAUAAAGUGAGAAAAAUGUAAAUCUAUUUUUUUUUUUUAAGAUGAUGAAUAAGUUUGUUCUGUUUUAUGUCUGUUUUCAUUUGUGAACACAUCUGUAUCAGACAUGAUUUUUCCAAUUCGGUGCAAAGCAACAUGCUGACGACAUUACUCAGUUUUCUGGUGACAAAUGUUUUUAUUGUCUAAGACUGUGGACAUCUGCCCUGGGGAAAUAAAACACUUUGCUCUAA